AUGACAGCUCAACAGCAUGAUCGCGAUUCGAAGCGCAGAAAGACAACGACGCCAACUGUUAGCCCUCCACCGUCAGGCUUCAACUGGUGUGCUUUGCAGGCGUUUGAAGUGGGACCUGUGGGCCAUGUCGACAGAAAGGCUUUCCGCAUUCACUGUCACGUUCUCUGGGAGCGUUCAGACACAUUUCGGCCACCUGCACCGCCACUCAACCAAAGGGUUAAUCUGCCAGAACAAAACCCAGACUGCUUCGAGACUUACGUCCAAUGGCUGUAUCACGAGACCUUUCGAUUUCCACCAGAUGUGAGAGAUCUGCCGUGGGAGAAGAAGUGGCGCUUCAUUUGGGAGUGCUACUUCAUGGGAGAGGCGCUUGCAGAACUCACCUUCUGUGACGCUGUCAUGAACGUCAUCAUCAAGGCAGCUACUUCGAAAGACCAGGGUGGAAGUGAUCCUGCGUCGAUUGAGGCAUUCUGGAGCAACAUUACUGAGCUUGUCGAUACCGCCUACCGGAUGACCGCGCCUGGAUCUAAAGCGCGAACGUUCUUUGUCGAUACUAUCAUCAGCUGUUGCACUAUGGAGCAGAUACAGGGCUUUUGUGGCGUCUCAUCGCAAUGCUUGUUCGAGCUUCUCCAAGCGUUCGUGGCGCUCGCUGAUCAGAGCGACACGAGACCGAGAUUGAACCAGGACACCUGUCAGCUGCAUCGACAUGCGAAGCUGCAGGAUGUUGUUCAACUCUUUGCAGCAAUGUCCGUCCACGCUGCAUGCUACAGCGAAGAUAUGUGGGUUGCGAGCUUGAGAACGCGAAGUCUGGCAAAGCGAUUCGGAUUUCGGGUGCCCGGGGAUCUGUCUUAUGCUGGCCCACGGCAGAGCUAG